GCCAUCGAGAGCUUUGUUUAUUAUUUUCAGCCCAAAGUUUGAACGUAAACAACGCCCCCAGCAGAAGAAAAAAAAUGAGUGCGGAGAACGAGAUGAUUUUGCAAUUUGCGCCGUGGGAAUCCUUCGUGUCGCCCACCUUUUGGCACAAACUGGCGGAGCUCAAGCUGGACCACGAUCGCCUGUCCGACUCCAAGCGUUCCAUUGCUGGACACUACACAAACAGAAACGCAAGUGGAUGUCUCCUGGAAGUGGACUACACGGCGUACAACAGAACGGCACAGCCACCGAAAUUCAGCCACUCCGCCAUUGGCAACAUCUAUAAUAAAAACACAAUCGAAGAGUUCAAGGCCCUGGACAAAUUACAACUGCUGGCCGAUGAGGGCAAGGAACUGCUGGCUGAUAUGUGCAGUGGAGCGGUCUUGAGGGAUCCCAGUCUGUUGACCCGGUUCUUUGUCCUCUCCUUCGCCGACUUGAAGUGCCACAGCUACUACUAUUGGUUCGCCUUUCCCUGCCCCCUGACGCCCACCUUAAAGCUGCAGGGUGAUGUCCAAAAGCUGCGGGAUUUACCACGAAGUCUUAACUACAUGGAGGCGUUGAAAUCCCUUCCGGCUGAGUCACAGAACUUCUUCAUUUUGUAUGCCAAUGAGGAGCAAAAGGUUUUCGAAGCCCGCACUUUAAGCUGCCUGGACGAAAAGGAUGUGGAGCACUAUUAUUUUGGCUUUGCCGAUCCCAGCGAGUACGAGCAUCCCGCCUGGCUGAUGCGGAACUAUGUUGCCUUCCUGCUACAGCAAUGUCCCUCUCUUGUUGGGAAAUCACUCAAGUUUCUGGGCUUGCGAUACAAUCAACAAAUGCAGAUGGAAGACAGCCGCAUUUGGCAGGUCAUCCAAACAGAAGCUUGCGAUCUAAGCACAGCCGGGGAGGUGAAAUUUGUGGGAUGGGAGCUAAAUAAGAAUGGCAAAAUGGGCCCCAGAAUGGUCUGCAUGAGGGACAGCAUGGAUCCAGCCAAACUCGCUGAAAACUCUGUAAACCUCAACCUUAAACUAAUGAAAUGGCGCCUGGUGCCCGAUCUCAAUCUGGAAAUCAUUUCCCAAACCAAAUGUCUGCUUUUUGGAGCUGGAACUUUAGGCUGCGCUGUGGCCAGAAACCUACUGUCCUGGGGCUUCAAGCACAUUACUCUCCUAGACAACGGCAAAGUGGGAUUCUCGAAUCCAGUGCGGCAGAAUCUCUACACCCAUGCAGAUGCCGUGGCGGGCAAUCGAAUGAAGGCCACCACAGCUGCCCAAAGAUUGCGGGAGAUAAAUCCGAGUGCCGAAACGGCGGGUUAUGUGCUGGAGAUUCCCAUGCCGGGACACACCAUCGGAGAAUCCCUGGUGGCCCAGACGGAGGAGCAUUUGCAGGUGAUACAGCAGCAGGUGCGGGAUCAUGAUGUCAUCUUUUUGCUCACAGACUCGCGUGAAAGCCGCUGGCUUCCCACGCUGCUGGGAGCGGCUAACCAAAAGAUUGUAAUCAAUGCUGCACUGGGUUUUGAUAGCUACCUGGUAAUGCGACAUGGCACCACACGCGAGGAGGCAGGUGAUAAUGGCCAAGAGAUCGAGGGACUUAAGUGCAUUAAUGGCGAUCAACUAGGUUGCUACUUCUGCAACGAUGUCACGGCCCCAGGAAAUUCCCUAAAAGACCGCACUCUGGACCAGCAAUGCACUGUAACGCGACCCGGCGUUUCCAACAUUGCAGCUAGUUAUGCGGUGGAGCUGCUGGUUGCUUUGCUCCAGCAUCCGAGAAAGGAACUGGCACCCGCCUACUAUGCCCAGAGUGGGCGUGGUAAAUCGGAGGAGGCAGCCGGCAAGGUGCCAGAAGGUCUACUGGGCAUUCUGCCUCAUUCCAUCCGGGGAAUGCUUUGCAACUACGAAAAUAUUUUACCCGCUACCCAAAAGUUUGCUCAGUGCAUCGCGUGCUCAGCGCCCGUUUUAAAUGCAUAUAAGAAAGAGGGAAAUGCAUUCCUCUUUAGAACAUUCGAAACAGCCAAGUACUUAGAGGAUUUGACUGGGAUCUCAGAGUUCAAGCGACUAAACAGCGAGAUAAUCGAUUUUGAUGAUGACGAAUUUGAUAUGUCCGAGGAGGAUGAAGAUUAGCCUGCUGCAUUCGCUAAAAUUCCUCCAACUCUGCAUUAAAAAUUAAAUGAAA